UCGCUUAUUUUGAUUUCUCCUUCUUAUGCGAAACUUUGCCGGCUGCGGCUAGAGCUGGAUCGCCCAUGAACCUCUUCUAGGGGCCGGGCCGGCAGGGGAUUAGCCCUUGAAGAGUGAAAAUUUUAUCUUGUAUAAAAAGAUCUACCAACAGAAACAUGGAUCCUUCCACCUGUAGACUGUAGUUGUUCGCCAUGAAAUUCAACGUCUCAACACUAUUGAUAUUCCUUGUCUUCGCAAUUCUUGCUGUUGCCGGCAAGCACCAUAAGCACGAAAGCUCAACAACAGAAUCAGAUGAUGACGCUGCAAGUUCUAGUGAAACCGACUCUAUGGAAACCGACCUAAUCGCCACUGAUUUGCUCGCCACUAAAACUCACACUUCUUAUGAUCCCUUGGUCACCCCUGAAAUCGGUAGCUCUUCAGAUGGUUCCAUGGACAGCGAUUCGUCUACAGACUCAUCCAUGAGUGACUCUGACACCUCGUCCAUGAGUAUGAGUGAUUCAUCCCUUCCUACAUCCUCUUCCUGGUCCUCUAAUUCAAUGAUCCCCAGCUCCACAUCCUCUUGGUCUUCAUGGUCUUCUUGGUCAUCUGCCAUGCCUUCCAUUUCAUCAUCCAUGGCCAUGCCAUCAGCGACUCCAUUCCAAACUUCAUCACCUAGCGAUGCAUCCAUCCACCGUCCAUUAUCAACAGUUAUAGGAACAUUGGUUGCCGCUGGUUUGGCCAUUUUCAUGUUGUAGAGUACACGAACCUCAUCCCUAUUCCAUGUCAUACCGUUAUAAAAACGUACUUAAUGUUAAUCGUUCAAGACCAUACAAAU